AUGUCGGCUGCACCCGGCCUCCUGCACCAGGAGCUGUCCUGCCCUCUGUGCCUGCAGCUGUUCGACGCGCCCGUGACAGCCGAGUGCGGCCACAGCUUCUGCCGCGCCUGCCUGGGCCGCGUGGCAGGGGAGCCGGCGGCGGACGGCACGGUGCUCUGCCCGAGCUGCCAGGCACCCACGCGGCCGCAGGCGCUCAGCACCAACCUGCAGCUGGCGCGCCUGGUGGAGGGGCUGGCGCAGGUGCCACAGGGCCACUGCGAAGAGCACCUAGACCCGCUGAGCAUCUACUGCGAGCAGGACCGCGUGCUCGUGUGCGGCGUGUGCGCCUCCCUCGGUUCGCAUCGCGGCCACCGCCUGCUGCCCGCCGCCGAAGCCCAUGCGCGCCUCAAGACGCAGCUCCCACAGCAGAAGCUGCAGCUGCAGGAGGCGUGUAUGCGGAAGGAGAAGAGUGUGGCCGUACUGGAGCAUCAGCUGGUGGAGGUGGAGGAGACAGUGCGUCAGUUCCGGGGGGCCGUGGGAGAGCAGCUGGGCAAGAUGAGGUUGUUCCUGGCUGCACUGGAGGGCUCCUUGGACCGCGAAGCUGAACGUGUACGGGGUGAGGCAGGGGUAGCCUUGCGGCGGGAGCUGGGGAGCCUGAACUCUUACCUGGAGCAGCUGCGGCAGAUGGAGAAGGUGCUGGAGGAGGUGGCAGACAAGCCACAGACUGAGUUCCUCAUGAAAUACUGCCUGGUGACCAGCAGGCUGCAGAAGAUCCUGGCAGAGUCACCGCCACCUGCCCGUCUGGACAUCCAGCUGCCCGUCAUCUCAGAUGACUUCAAAUUCCAGGUGUGGAGGAAGAUGUUCCGAGCUCUCAUGCCAGCGCUGCAGGAGCUGACCUUUGACCCGAGCACGGCCCACCCAAGCCUGGUGCUGUGUGCCUCGGGCCGCCGCGUGGAGUGCUCGGAGCAGAAGGCGCCGCCGGCCGGAGAGGACCCGCGCCAGUUCGACAAAGCCGUGGCGGUAGUGGCGCACCAGCUGCUCUCCGAGGGCGAGCACUACUGGGAGGUGGAGGUGGGCGACAAGCCGCGCUGGGCGCUGGGCGUGAUCGCGGCCACGGCCGGUCGCCGCGGCCGGCUGCAAGCAGUGCCCUCGCAGGGGCUCUGGCUGCUCGGGCUGCGCGAAGGCAAGAUCCUGGAGGCUCACGUCGAGGCUAAGGAGCCCCGCGCCCUGCGCAUCCCCGAGAGGCGGCCGACGCGCAUCGGGAUCUACCUGAGCUUCUGCGAUGGCGUCCUCUCCUUCUACGACGCCAGCGACCCCGACGCGCUCGAGCUGCUCUUCGCCUUCCACGAGCGCCUUCCCGGGCCUGUGUACCCCUUCUUUGACGUGUGCUGGCACGACAAGGGCAAGAACACUCAGCCGCUGCUGCUCGUGGGGCCCGACGGCGGCGGCGAGGCCUGA